GCCUCCCGCACACCCGCGCCGGCCGCGCCACGCUCUGGACCAGCUGCUCUCGGCUCCGGACCCGGCCCCGCGAUGCCGCCGCCGCUGCUGGUCCCGCUGCUGCUGCUGCUCCUGCUCCUGCUCCUGCCCUGCCUCGCCCGGGCCGGGGAGCCGGUGGACGUGCUGAAGGUGCUGGAGCUGCAGGCGCUGCCAGCGGGCGUGAAGAGGACGGCUGGCUUCUGCCCGCAGCGGCGUGGGGCCCCAGGGCCCGACCAGGCUUAUCGCAUUUUGCGGCAGGCCCAGCUCAGCGCCCCCACCCGCCAGCUCUUCUCAGGUCGGUUCCCAGAGGACUUCUCCAUCAUGGCACUGGUGCGGGCGCCGGCUGGGAGUCAGACCUUCCUGCUGUCUGUGUACGAUGCACGCGGCACCCAGCAGCUGGGGCUGGAGCUGGGCCGCUCGCCCGUCUUCCUCUAUGAGGACCAGAGUGGCCGGCCUGCACCCGAGGACUACCCACUCUUCCGGGGCAUCAACACCGCCGAUGGCAAGUGGCACCGGGUGGCACUAAGUGUGAGCAAGCAGUCGGUGACACUCUUCCUAGACUGCAAGAAGAAGGUGACACGGCCGCUGCCCCGUGGUCCCCGGCCCAUCAUCGACACGCAUGGCAUCACCGUCUUUGGCACCCGCAUCCUCGAUGAUGAGGUCUUCCAGGGUGACAUCCAGCAGCUGCUCAUCUCCUCAAACCCACGUGAUGCCUAUGACUAUUGUGAACGCUAUAGCCCUGACUGUGGUGCACCCAGCCCUGACACCCCCCAGGCCCAGGAGCCUCAGCGCCGCCCUGACAAGCCUGAGUACUUUGAUGAGGAUGUGGAGUAUUACGAGUACCCCUACUAUUACGAGAAUAAAGAGGAGGGCGCCCUGGCCCCUGAGAUGCCAACGGGGGGUGCUGUUGAGCAGAAACCUGCGGGGCCAGGCCACAAAGCGCCUGCCAAGGCCAAGCCGCAGAAACAGCAGCAGCUUAUGAGCACCGCGCCGGCCUACGGCAAAUCCCCCGGCAACGGGAAGUACACAGGCAACGGCAAAUACCCCAGCAACGGGAAGUCCCCUGGCAACGGGAAAUACCCUGGCAAUGGGAAGUCCCCCAGCACCACCAAGCCCCCCGGCAAGGCCAAGAUGGCGGCAGGGGCCAAACACCCAGCCAUGAAAAAUGCUGUGGGGAAAUCCCAGAGCGGGGCCAAGACCCAGAAUGGGGGCAGGGCCUACACCGGCACUGGAGCCCCGCGGAAACAUGGCAACAGCUAUCAGCAGGAUGUGGGGCUGUCCCCCACGGAGGAGCCCUGGGGGGCUGGCGAGUACCUGGAUUACACCCCAUCCCCUGACCAAGAUCCUGAUGGUGCCUACUGGGAGGAGGAGACGGGGCUGGUGGCGACUUCCUCUGCCCCCUUGCAGUCCUGGGCUGAGGAGGUGGCUGCUCCCAGCUUGCCCCCUGCCGGUCUGGGUGAGGGCGAGGUGCUUCCUGUGGAGUAUGAGACGGGCGAGGACGUGGCUGGGCCUGGGCAGGAGUACGAGUACAUCUAUAAGGACUAUCCCGAGGGAGCUGAGCCGUCGGAGCUGGGGCCUGUGCUCUCUGCAGAGACCCCUGAGAGUGGAGGCGCCGUGCGCGGCGCCCGAGGCUACAAGGGAGAGAAGGGGGAGCCGGCCAUCAUUGAGCCGGGAAUGUUGGUAGAAGGCCCCCCUGGCCCCGAAGGACCAGCGGGCAUUUCGGGACCUCCGGGCACUCAGGGGCCGCCUGGAUCUCCUGGUGACCCUGGCGAGAGGGGCCCCCCUGGCCGCUCAGGUCUGCCUGGCUCAGAUGGGACCCCUGGCCCCCCUGGCACCUCUCUGAUGCUUCCGUUCCGUUUUGGGAGCAGUGGUGGAGACAAGGGCCCGGUGGUGUCCGCGCAGGAAGCCCAGGCCCAGGCCAUUCUCCAGCAGGCUCGGCUGGCCCUCCGGGGUCCCCCAGGACCCAUGGGAUACACCGGCCGCCCAGGACCCAUGGGCCAGCCAGGCGGCAAUGGCAUGAAAGGAGAAUCGGGAGACUUUGGACCUCAGGGACCUCGAGGGCCACAGGGCCUGUCUGGACCCCCGGGGAAGCCUGGCCGGAGGGGCCGUCCGGGAGCUGAUGGAGCCCGAGGGAUGCCUGGGGAAUCUGGCGUGAAGGGUGACCGUGGCUUUGAUGGGCUUCCAGGGCUGCCAGGAGACAAGGGGCACCGGGGUGAGUCUGGUUCUCAGGGCCCCCCCGGCCCCCCAGGGGAGGAUGGAGAGCGGGGAGAUGAUGGAGAAGUUGGACCUCGAGGGCUUCCUGGAGAAACGGGCCCCCGAGGUCUCCUCGGCCCCAAGGGGCCCCCUGGCAUCCCUGGUCCUCCGGGUGUGCGUGGCAUGGAUGGUCCUCUUGGGCCCAAGGGAAACUUGGGGCCACAAGGGGAGCCAGGACCCCCUGGGCAGCAAGGAACUCCUGGCACCCAGGGGCUGCCAGGCCCGCAAGGUGCCACGGGGCCACCUGGAGAAAAGGGUCCCAGAGGGAAGCCUGGCCUCCCCGGCAUGCCUGGCUCUGACGGGCCCCCUGGACACCCAGGGAAGGAAGGUCCUCCUGGCACCAAGGGAAACCAGGGCCCGUCCGGCCCCCAAGGUCCAAUUGGCUACCCAGGCCCACGUGGUGUGAAGGGGGUGGAAGGCAUCCGAGGGCUGAAGGGGCACAAGGGCGAGAAGGGUGAGGAUGGUUUCCCCGGCUUCAAGGGUGACAUGGGGGUGAAAGGAGACCGGGGCGAGGUUGGUGUCCCGGGCUCCCGAGGAGAGGAUGGACCAGAAGGCCCCAAAGGUCGUACCGGUCCCCCUGGAGACUCUGGCCCCCUUGGCCUGGUGGGAGAUAAGGGCAAGCUGGGUGUCCCAGGGCUGCCAGGGUACCCUGGACGGCAGGGUCCCAAGGGAUCCCAGGGCUUCCCGGGCUUUCCAGGCACCAAUGGCGAGAAGGGCACACGGGGCCUGUCUGGGAAAGCCGGGCCCCGGGGCGAGCGUGGCCCCACGGGUCCCAGGGGCCAGCGGGGCCCACGUGGAGCCACAGGAAAGCCAGGGGCCAAGGGCACCUCAGGUAGCGACGGCCCCCAUGGACCCCCGGGUGAGAGGGGGCUCCCUGGCCCCCAAGGGCCCAAUGGCUUCCCAGGACCUAAAGGCCCCCCAGGCCCCCCCGGCAAGGACGGGCUCCCGGGACACCCUGGACAGCGUGGAGAAGUGGGUUUCCAAGGCAAGACAGGCCCUCCUGGUCCCCCAGGUGUUGUGGGCCCUCAGGGCCCUGCUGGUGAGUCAGGUCCCAUGGGGGAACGUGGACACCCAGGGCCCCCCGGUCCUCCCGGUGAGCAGGGGCUGCCAGGCCCCUCUGGCAAGGAAGGAACCAAGGGAGAUCCCGGCCCCACUGGCUCCCCAGGCAAAGACGGCCCAGCUGGGCUGCGCGGCUUCCCUGGUGAACGGGGGCUGCCCGGCACUCCGGGCGGAACUGGACUCAAGGGCAAUGAGGGGCCAGCCGGACCCCCGGGACCUGCAGGAUCCCCUGGCGAGAGAGGCGGCCCAGGGCAAGGCGGCCCCAUCGGUCCCCCCGGGAGACCUGGACCCCAGGGGCCCCCAGGCCCUGCUGGAGAGAAGGGCGUUCCUGGUGAGAAAGGCCCCAUUGGCCCUGCUGGCCGUGAUGGCGUCCAGGGCCCUGUGGGUCUGCCUGGCCCUGCAGGGCCCCCAGGGGGUCCUGGUGAAGAUGGUGACAAGGGCGAGGUUGGGGAUCCAGGCCAGAAGGGCUCCAAGGGCAACAAAGGAGAGCACGGUCCCCCUGGCCCCCCUGGCCCAAUGGGGCCCCUUGGGCAGCCUGGAGCUGCAGGCGCGGACGGGGAGCCAGGUGCUAGGGGCCCCCAAGGGCACUUCGGGGCUAAGGGUGAUGAGGGCACCCGUGGCUUCAAUGGCCCACCCGGCCCCAUCGGCUUGCAGGGCCUUCCUGGCCCAGCUGGUGAGAAAGGGGAGACAGGAGAUGUGGGGCCCAUGGGCCCUCCUGGCCCCCCCGGCCCCCGUGGCCCAGCUGGACCCUCCGGAGCUGAUGGACCCCAAGGCCCCCCCGGAGGCAUUGGGAACCUGGGACCCCCUGGAGAGAAGGGUGAGCCUGGAGAGUCAGGGGCCCCCGGGAUCCCCGGGGAGCCAGGCAUCAAGGGUCCACGAGGGGAACGAGGUGAGAAAGGAGAAGCUGGAGCCGCUGGUGUGGCUGGACCCCCUGGUGGGAAAGGACCCCUGGGAGAUGACGGGCCCAAGGGCAACCCUGGUCCUGUUGGUUUCCCUGGAGAUCCGGGCCCCCCUGGUGAGAUGGGCCCCCGGGGCCAGGAUGGUGCCAAGGGCGAACGUGGCGAGGACGGUGAGCCAGGCCAGCCAGGCUCUCCAGGUCCCACAGGUGAGAACGGCCCCCCUGGCCCUCUGGGAAAGCGGGGCCCUGCUGGCUCCCCAGGUCCUGAGGGACGUCAGGGUGAGAAAGGUGCAAAGGGUGAACCUGGACUCCUGGGGGCCCCCGGCAAGACAGGCCCUGUGGGGCCACAGGGACCUCCUGGCAAGCAGGGACCUGAUGGGCUGCGUGGCCUGCCUGGCUCUGUGGGAGAACAAGGCAAACCUGGUGUGACAGGCCAAGCGGGGCCCCCAGGGCCUGUGGGUCCUCCAGGGCUGCCUGGCCUUAAGGGAGACACCGGAGCCAAGGGCGAAAAGGGCCACCCAGGACUCAUUGGCCUCAUUGGGCCCCCAGGAGAGCAGGGAGAGAAGGGAGACCGCGGCCUGCCCGGGCCCCAGGGCACCACGGGACAGAAGGGAGAGACCGGCAUCCCUGGAGCCACUGGCCCCCUGGGCCCUGCCGGACCCCCUGGACUUCCCGGACCUGCUGGGCCCAAAGGUGCCAAGGGAGCCAUGGGUCCAGCAGGACCCAAGGGUGAGCGUGGUACCCCUGGCCCCCCUGGACACCCGGGCCCCCCUGGGGAGGUGAUCCAGCCCCUGCCCAUCCAGUUGCCCAAGAAGAGCAAGCGCUCCAUUGAUGCCAGCCGCCUCAUGGAAGAGGAGGAGAAGGAGGAGGAGGCUGAGGAUGAGGCUGGGCUGGGGAGACGGGCACGGACAGCUGAGGGCAUGGAGGAGGUGUUUGGCUCCCUGCAUGCCAUCAAGCAGGAGAUCGAGCAGCUGCGGCGCCCCGAUGGCACCCGUGACAGCCCUGCACGCACUUGCCAAGAUCUGCAGCUCUGCCGGCCUGGCCUGCCUGACGGCGAGUACUGGAUUGACCCCAACCAGGGCUGCGCCCGUGAUGCUUUCAAGGUUUUCUGUAACUUCACGGCUGGUGGUGAGACUUGCGUUUUCCCCUCCAAGGAGAUAGAAGUGGUCCCGAUGUCAGCGUGGGAGGAUGAGAAGCCUCAGACCUGGUACAGCCAGUUCCAGCAAGGCAGCAAGUUCUCGUACAUGGAUGCUGAGGGGCAGGCACUGGGUGUGGUGCAGCUCACCUUCCUGCGGCUGCUCAGUGUUGCUGCCCACCAGAACUUCACCUACCACUGCCACCGCUCGGUGGCCUGGCAAGGCCCUGGCACUGCUGGUUAUCUCCAUGCCCUGCACUUCCGUGGUGCCAAUGAAGAUGACCUCAGCCACGACACCAGCCCCUACAUCAAAGCCCUCAUGGACGGCUGUGCGGCACGGAAGGGGCCAGAGCGGACGGUGCUGGAAGUGCACACACCACGGGUGGAGCAGCUGCCACUUGCGGAUGUGCGCGUGGUUGACUUCGGGGAGUCUGGCCAGCGCUUUGGCUUCACGCUGGGGCCUGUCUGUUUCCUCGGCUAGGACCGAAUAUGAACCCGACUCCAACCCCGGCCCUGGUCUCCCCUCCUAAUCCACCCCCAUGCCCUCCUAGAGGGGCCAACGUUACGCUCGCACCCAGAGCCAAGGAACCAAGCUGUCCACGAAGGACCUUGUGAUGCAGAGAGCUGCUACUGUGAGACCUAUUUCUGUCUGCCAGCCACGGCCCCCCUGCCCCUCGGACUGGGGCCUCAGAGCUGGUUGUCCUGAUGCCAGGUCACAUCAGCACCAUGGACAGAGCCUAUGGGGCAGCAGCUGGAGGGCUGGGGUGGCUUCUCCAGGCCUCCUUGCCCUGCCAGUGAUCAGGCCUGAGCCCUGCUGGGGGUCGGGUAGAAACCACCCCACCUGCUUUCUCAGCCAGUGCUUCCUCCACCCCCAGCUCCCGGGUGCCACCUGUCUCCAUGCCGCCAACUCAUUAAUGUCAGGUGCCGAUCCAGUUCAGGAGCAGCUCCCCAUCGCCCACCAAUCAUGCAAAUGAGCAUGGCUGCGGGUGUAUGAUGUCAACGUUGGACCCUCCUUCCCCCCCUGCUCCCAUGGAUGAAGGAAAGGACAUUUGUACUGUGUUUUUUUUAAUUGUUUUUAACUUAAUUCUAUUAUUUAAUGGAGUCGGUGGCUAGGAUCCCUUUGGUGGGGGGUAUCACUCUAUGCUGGGGAAGGUGGGCAGGGGGGGCCGAGCCUGACACUCAGCGGAGGGGGGGAGGGAAGGGGAGAGGAGAAGAGUUGAAAUGAGAGUAAAAUAAAAUAAAGUCUAUUUUCUGGGGGCUGCUGGUGAAGGGGGCGGCUGCCUUGGCUGCUUGGUCUUGGGAGACGGCAGAGGCGGCAGUGCCCCAGGUGCUGGCCCGGUGGCCCGUGUAAUGUUUUGUAAGUAAUUUUUUAAGGCCUAUUGUAAUAUAUAAUCUAUAAUUUUGCUCCUUC